AUGGGUCCGUCUCCACCCGAUAAGGUACUGCGCGAUGCCUCAACUGAAGCAGAGAAACUUAUGGACGACUUCAGUAUUGAAGCUGCCAUGCGGGAAGACGUGUUCAAGAAGGGGGGCGAGUUGGAUCCCGAGUCCCAGAGGUUGCUAGAGAAGAAACAUCGGGUUUUCGUACGGAAUGGCUUGAAUGUUCCAGCUGGACCCGAGCGGGACCGAUUCAAGGAGAUCGAGAAGAGACUCGGCCAGCUAGUCAUCGCCUUUUCCAAGAACCUGGAAGAAGAGAACGGUGGCCUGUGGUUUACUCUUGCAGAGCUCAACGGUGUGUCCCUUGAGAUGUCCUGUCUCUGUUAA